AUGUUGUUCCUUUUACUGGUGAUGGUUAAGUUGUUAGAACAAAAUUCUGCCGUCAAAGGGGCACUGUAUGAGGUCACAAUCGAUUCCUUUGAACCCGUGUCCAAUUACGACAAGACAGCCAUUUUACUAGGGACUAUUCGCCUCACUCGAAUGUCACGAAAUAAUUUUGUCGUAACCGGCGAUGUGGAGUAUCUUAAAAAUUUUGGAAACGAAUACACGGUUAGAAACUCUCUCGAUAGGCUCAUAUAUGCGAAAAGUGAACCUUUCUGCGAUCUGUUCAACUCGCCAUAUGUAUUUAUGAAGAGAUUCCGAGAGGCUUCCGGCGUUCCGCCCGGUAACUAUUGUCCACUACCGAAGAAUCGGUACGUGGUGGACAACUUUAGGAUACAGGAUACUGAUCUGCCCUUGGUAGCACUAAAGGAUACCUACACCAUUUCCGUGGAAGCGACAGCUGUCGCCGACGGGCACCGGGUGAUAGCUUUUAAAUUUAGGGUUACUAUUAAGUAA